ACAAGCAUAUUAAAAACAUAUGUGAAUCUGCUGUAAACAUUUUUCUGUAGAUUUCUUGUUUCAUAUAAAUAAUGAUUUGUCGACUGUGUUUACGCAGUUUAAUACAGGAAAAUAACAUAUCUUUAUUUGAAUCUGUUCAAACAGAAGGUAAACUUAUUAAAUUAAUAACAAAGUACUUCCAUUUGGAGAUAACGCAGGACGAUCCGAUAUCAACUUCACUCUGCGAAAACUGCAGCGACCAUUUGGAGGAAUUCCAUGGGUUCUGGCUUUUUAUCGAAUCAAAACAAAGUUCGUUGGGCAGUGAAUUUCUCGCAGUAAAAUGCAGCGAAAUUAAAGAAGAUACAUCGAUGCUUAUUGAUGUAACCGGAGAAAACACUGAUAGUCAAGAAGAGAUACUACUAGAUUUAAAAGAUAUAUCUAUAGAGCAAGAAUGUGACGAAAAUAACUGUGACUUAACUAAUAUAACGGAAAACAUUGAUGUGGCACCUAUUACAAAGUUAGAUUUGGACGCAAACACAGACUCCCAAGAUGAUUGGAAAGAUGACAACGACUCAUUUGAUGAAGACAUUCCAUUAAAAAGCUUAAAAGAAAAAAUUGGAAAGAAAUCUCCAAAGGGUAUUAAAAAAGCAGCCAAAAAUAAGGAACGAUUCAGAAAAAUAAAAAAGAAAUGUAAAGAAGAGGAGUCCUCAACGGCAAAACAGGAAAUGAGAAAAGAGGCUGCAAAACGCAACGAAGAAAUAAUUGAAAACGGCAUGUUGCUGAACUGUGAUUUAUGUACUUUAUGUGUGGAAAAUUACAGCGAACUGCGAGUGCAUUUCACAGAAAAACAUAAAACAACGGCAUAUGUAAAGUGUUGCGGUAACACAUUUUACAAACCAAAUUUGUUAGCUGAACAUAUACAGUGGCAUACUAAUCCCAGUAAAUUUAAAUGCGAAACUUGCGGAAAACAGUUGAAGUCAACUAAAUGUUUGGCGAGCCACAUAAAAAUUAUGCAUUCCAAAAAGGAGAACAUUCACGAAACCGUAUCCUGUUCAAUAUGUUCUAAAGUUUUUCGUGGACAGAAAUGUCUCGACAAUCACAUUCAAAAACAUAGCGAAGAAAAAGAACAUCCUUGUGAAAUUUGCGAUAAACGCUUUGUUAACGCACAACGAUUACGAAAACACAUCGAAGCUAUACAUGAAGACUUGCACCGCCAUAUAUGUGACGUAUGUGGCAAGGCAUUCAAAUUUAAGCCAUCAUUCGAACGACACGUCCUAGAACAUCAAGGCAUUAUAGAACCACCAGUGCAAUGCGAUAUUUGUGGAGAAUGGUCUAAAAAUAAACACGUACAUCGACUUCAUCAGUUUAAGCAUAAUACAACCAAUGCAGAGUGUAAAUACUGUGGACGCAAAUGUGUUUCACGCACCGCCUUAAGAGGUCAUGUUAGGUAUAUGCACAAGAAAAAGUUUGAUUUGCAGUGCAGCUUUUGUGAUAAAACAUUUAAAGAGACUAGAAAUUUGGAGGAGCACAUGGCCACACACACAGGCGCCCAAUUAUAUUCUUGUCCACAUUGCUCAAAGGAAUGUCGUUCGAGGUCAAAUAUGUACGUACAUAUAAAACGUAUGCACGCAAAUGAAUGGAUUAAGUCAAAAAUGGCACGUUCAAAUGAUCCUAACUUAAAAGCGGUCCAAAUGAAUCACAGCUGAAAUUUUUCAAUCGCUUUAUAAUGUAGUAUGCAGAUUUUGCACUUUUAUAAGUUAUACACGGUAAUUAUUUCGUAUUUGUUGGUUGAUGUAAAUAUGUUGUACCAAUUCAUUGAAGCUUUACCGAAUAUAUGUAAAUGGAAUAAAUAUUCAGUGUGAUCGAAA